AUGGGUCGCCUUGUGUCCUCCGAUUCUGCUUCCGUUGGUGCUGCAUCUCGGGUUCUUCAAAUCUCCUCGGAAGAAUCUUUAUAUCGCCAAGUCGACCUUGACUGGACCAGACCUCCUCUCAAGCGAGUUCUAUCACUAUUCCAUGUCAUUCGUCGACGCCCAGAUCUAGCUGCGCGUAUUCGCCAUGUUCGCAUGAUCUCCUCUCGUUUGGAGUAUCCAGCAAGUAUGGUAUUAGACGAUUGGAAGCCUCCUUUGAUUGACGGAAACUGGGAACAACUCUCAACUACCUUUCAGGAUGAGGUGCAUGCCGCGAAGGACAUUGUCGCUCGGGCACAGUUUCCUUCGCCUGAGAAAUGGAUCCAGGCGCUAGAGCUUGGCGACCCGUAUGCAUUUGUGGCUAUUCUUCUCUCUCAGCUCCACAAUCUACGAUCUUUACGGUUGGAUUACACUUUUGUGUGGCAAUCGGGGUUUCCAGGGCUCAUGAUGCGACAUGCUCUACUUUCGGCACCUCCAAACACACUCUCAAAGUUCUCCGAGCUCUCAUUGGUUGAAUACGGCCUGAACCUCCCGUCUGGAAGAGUAGCUAGUGAUGACCCAAUGUGUCGCUUCCCCGACCCAUUUCCGAUUUGCGACCCAGAGCAAUUUGCAGGCUGGUUUUAUCUACCUUCUUUGAAAUCGCUAGAGAUAUGGCUCCAAAGUUUCCAAGGUGUCAAGUUAAGCAAGCUGGCCCAUUUGGCUCAACUCGACAGACUUGUGCUUACGGAAUCCUAUAUCGACGAAGAUGAGGUCAGGGAUUUGCUGUCACUCCUUUCAUCGGUAAAGAGCAUUCACCUAGGCCUUGUCUAUCCUUCCCAGGAUAAAAAAGCUCGUCAGGAUAUUGAUUCUCCCCGUCCUCCUUUACGACAGCAAAUGGAAGGUGCGCUCCUCGAAGGACUUCUGAACAUAAGUGGAACAGUCGAACACCUUUCAAUCGGCCUUGAGCUCUGCCCGUUUAAUACGGACACAAUGUGGGAUGAGGAAGAAUUUGGUGACAUUGAACAAGGGUUAAUCCCAUUCCGGGGCUUCUUAAAGAAUUUCCCCCAGCUUCAAACGGCAGAGCUACCGUCUGUCAUGCUUUUUGGGUGGGUUCACGAUGACGCACCCAAGCUAGAGGAGUUAUUACCUUUGAACCUUCAAAAAUUAGCUAUUAGGGACAACCUAUCAGCGGUCGCGCGUGAUAUAGAGGACGGCGAUCCCGGGGAUGUUUACGAGUGGGGCCUUGGUGCGGUCGCCCGAGCCAUCCAGGAAUUUCUCCCUUCAGCACACUCUUCGACGCCGUUACUGAGAACAAUCAUCAUGCGGGACUUUGCGUUAGAAACGAUAGGGCACAAAGAUGAAAAGGAUGUUAUCGCUGUUCGGUCAUCAUGCCGGGACUUGGGUCUGGACAUGGAUAUUGCGCUGAGCCCUGAAGAUCCGCCCGCGGGAUUCUGGACAGCGAGUAGGGCGCUUGACGAAUACGUUCGCUUUUGGAAACCCAGGAACCCAGACACUCCAGACCCUCCAUUUCGCGACCAGUACAAUUGUUGCAAAGUUGUGCGAGGCCUGUAA